AUGGCGAGUUCGACACGCUCCACUGUAAUCUUGCCGCAGACCACGGCCUCACGUACGAAUGCCAUAUUGCUGUCUUACAAGGGUGUUUCGACCGCUCUGAUCAAGCCUGUGUUUCGGGUGGCAUGUGCGUUGCGAUUCUCGAACCCAGGCGUUGAGGAUGUCAUCGGGCGUACGCACACUCCCCUCGACCCUCGAAUCGUGAGUGCCAUCUUGGAGGGCGCGCUCCGCUUAUUGCCAUCGGACAAUACGGUUGAGGGACAGAAAGCAAGGCGUGUCAAGAUGGCGGCCAAAGCUGAGCAGGCCAAGACCGCCGAGGAGACCUUUCUGUCCAGGCUACGUGAUGCUGGCUACCAGUUUCAGGAUGAGAGGCAGCAGAAACAACGAAUUCAGGCGGCUAUCGACCAGGGCAUCCCUCUAUCCUGUAGGCUGACGCCCAACGUACUUUUCGACACACCAACAAUGAUCUUCGGGCAUACGUGCCAUUGGAUCGAGUAUAAGAACACGUUCGGCUUCAAGUCCAGUCCAUACGUCCACCAGAAAAACAAGGCUCAGUUUCAACGCUAUGUUGCCCAAAUGGGCGAAGGAACAGUUGUCUACAAGCUUGGCUACGAGAGUGGUCUGAUCACACUUCCGAGUCUGCAGAUCUGCCGGGAAGCUGAAGCCUUCGCUUGCAUUGAUCUACAUGGACAGGAUGGGUCUACUUUCUGA